AUGAAAAGCUCAUAAAGAAGCAACUAGUAUUAGCCUAAUUUGGGUUCUAAAGAGGAAGAUGCUUAGCAGUCACAUCACCAAGACUUUAUCCCAAUUCAUUAGCAUUUAACAAAACUAUAUAAUGAUUUUACUAGCACUUAUGAGGGCAGAGAUAAAGUCACUAAGACUUUCCAAUAUUUGGCUAAAUUCUUGUCUUGGUAUUAUUAAAAUAUUGAUCCAGAGAAGGGCAUAAAAUAUCUCUAGAUAUCUGGUAACGAGGAUGCAUUUUCUCUGGUAACUUUGAUCUCUAGUCGAGCAUUCUACUUUUUAUAUUGGCUUUUCGAUAACAUUUACAUCAUUUUGAAGUAUGCUGAUAUUCAUUCUGAAAGGUUUUCAAAAGAGAGAUUCAAAGCACUGUCAAGAUCUUGCUGGUUAUUGGGUAUUGCAAUGUUCAUGAUUUACUGCACUAAAAUAUUGAGAAAGACAUACACAGAUGAAUCAGACUUAAAAGUAGCAGCUUUGAAUAGACUAACAGUAAGACAAAUGAAAGAGUGCUUGUAAACCAUUUGCAAUAUCAGGAGAGAUUACUAACUUUACUUUGCAAUGGCUCUCAGUGAUCUGAUUAUUUGUCUUAACGAAAAUAAUCUACCCUUCUUAAUUUUAGGAAAGAGAAUAAACUAGGGAGUUGAAGGAAUUUUUGGCAUGCUCAGUUCGAUGAUCUAUCUAUAUAGAAUAGUGUGA